GUGUGUUUCUGGUGCCAUAAUGCUAUUCAGACUUUGAUCUCAGGGAAGUUGGAGUUAAAGUCAAAGAAUUUCUCAGUCAAGUCUCAGUGUUUUGUUGGUAAUUAUCCGGCUACAGUCAGAUUGUCCGAGCCAAGUGGAGCAUCGAUACCCUAAAAAGGGCUGACUAUAAUGUCAGCAUACAGGUCAGUGCUUGGUGUGGCAGUGCUGCUUCUCCACCUCUGGGGGACACACUCCUUCCCCACCUCUGCCUGUCCUGUUGCCUGCCUGUGCCAGCAAGGUCCUCUUGUGAACUGCUCUUCUUUAGGCCUGACUACGACUCCCACACGCAUCCCAGCAACUGCGGUUUCCUUGAACCUAUCCAAUAAUGCCCUGCGUUCUCUGGCUCCUCUCAGCUUUGGUCAAGUGAAAUUGAUGGGACUUCUGCACCUUUGGGUGGGAAGUAAUGCUCUGGAGAGCCUGUCUUUGAUUUUGAAGAAAGACUGGUCAGGCACUAGGACCCUGUCAAGUGGAGAACAGGAAUGCACAUCCUGGGCAUCUGACCUUCAGUUGCUGUCUGCAGAAAGAAACCAUCUAAAACAUCUACCAAAGGGGCUGGGCUGCAUGAAGUCCCUGCAGAUUCUUCAGCUGUCUUAUAACCAGAUAUCUAAGAUAGGUCUUACUGACCUGGACAACUGCAGUUAUCUGAAAGAGCUACAUCUCCAGCAUAACAGCAUCACAAGCAUUCACCCAAAUGCUUUUAUAGACCUAAAACAGCUGCAGGUCCUUGAUCUGAGCUAUAAUCUGCUGGUCACCAUUCCUGUCCCUGCCUACCAGUCCCUGUGGUACCUGAAUGCCUUGGUCGAUGUCUCCUUCAACAGAUGGAAGUGUGACUGCAACUUGCAGACCUUGAAAAGAUGGUUAAGCUUUGAUCAUGAAAUGGGUAAUGUUUCCUGGCAAGUGGUGUGUGCCUCUCCACCACAUCAUUCUGGAAAAGAUCUGCUUCACCUGAAGGACUCAGAGCUCACUUGUCCAACACAUGAAUACAGCACAUCUGGUCACCAUCAUAACAUGAUUGUCUACGAGGGGAUGAAGAUAUCAAUUCCUUGCAGCAAUGACAGUAAAGAUAUCAUGCAGGUUCAUUGGUGGACUCCACAGGGCCAAGUCACAAAUAACCAACCAGAACUACUAAUUAAGGACAUCACAGAGCAGCAUGCAGGACUUUAUAUAUGUAUUUCAGGUGUCCGAGGGGAGCACAUAUCAGUAUUUGAUCUACAGGUCUACAAAAAACAAAGUGGCUCAAGACCACGUAGGGAAGCAGCAAUUAUCUUGGAUGAGCAAGACAAUUUUAACUUUCCAAGAAAUGAUCCAGUUAUACGGCAAGGGACAAGAACCCAGUCAGAAUUUGUUCUUGCUGUCUGCCUGUCCGUCAUUAUUACAUUCAUUUUAGCCUUUAUCCUUGGUGUUGUUUUGAGACCACUGUUAGACAAGUUAUGGAGGAGAAUACGAUCCAAGAGACAAUCUUCACCGCCACCAACAAUCUCCUCAACUGAACCCCAGCCAUAUGUGAAUGAGGGGUACUCUGAUGUAGAAGACCAAGAACAAGAAGUGAGAGUGGGUUCAAGAGUUACAUUUGGUGGAAUCACAGUUGAAGAUCGAGUGCCUUACUAUGUCACUGUAGAGGAUGACCAAGCAGACGGCUCCUCUGAGAGCAACACAGAAGCGGUUACUCUUUAUGAGGAAAUUGAAAAAAAUAAAUCAUCAAUAACUGGUGGAAAACAGCAGGCCUUUGAUGUGGAGAAUCAUAGAGGAAGAGCAGAGAGUAGUAGUAGCAGCUCACUUCAGGAAGGCGAAGUAAAUGCUUUAGUCAUAAAUGGUAAGAAACUGCUACCCAUCGCAACCGAAGACAUGACAAAAUCCAUGGAAUUUGAGCCAAUUCCAGAAGCAAAUGAUAUCAUCAAGUUAAAAAGAAGGGGCAGUUCUUCAGCAUCAUCUCACUCAAGUCAGGAAGAUAACUUUUCAAGAGAAUUAAUGGAAUCAAGUGUUGACCCUCCUCCUGUCACUAUACCUGCAAACAAAAAUACAAACAACAGAAUUCCAGGAUUUACUAAAGAGCCAUUUUCAGAAUUGUCAUCAAGGCUGACAGAACAGAAUGUUGACGAUUUGGACCCAGAGUUGUGGAAUGACAGUGGAGAGAGCUUUUCUUUCACUGAAGGCUCUGAAAGAUCAAGUAUCCGGGACCUCUCCAGCUCUGCUGUGGGACACCCAUUGAAGGACGAUGACACAUGGAGGCAAGGCAAAGUAGAAUCACCUUCAGACAAAAUAGAAUUUGAUUCAGAGGUUUUUGAUCUUGACAAACCAUUUGGUAAAGAAGUUCUUGUUGAUGAUGAAAAGCAGUUUGAGCUCUCUGACAUAGAAAGCCUCUCUAAUUCAAGUGACAGUGAUGAAAGUGUAGGUGGACCAAACAAUUAUAUUGUAAACAAAGAGUUAGAAGAAUCAAAAAUCAUGGAUGAAUCAGACACAGAGAACGGUGCAAACUUGGACACUUUAAACAGAUUUGGCACUCUUGAGGAUGUCACAUUUAAUGAAAGAAUGCCUAGUGCUGGCAUUCUAAUAAGACAAGAGACUAUCACUUUGGAGCCUUCGGACAUACAUUUGACUUUUACUCACGGAGACAGUGUCAAUGAGGGUAUGCCUAUUGAUGAUUCACAGGGGAAUUAUGAGUAUGUAAACAAAUCAGACAAAUUUGCAAUAUCUUUAGAUGUGGGUCCAGUUACAGUGCCAAAGGUUAAGAGAUAUGUUGAAUUUAAACAGUCCAAACCUCAUUUUGGACGCCCAACUCUGCCAUCAUUAUCGGAGAAGGAGGUAAAAUCUGAAGCGAACAUUGAUGCAUCCUCUGGAGAUAACAGAAGCUUAAGUCAAAUAAAGGUGUCUCCUGAUACAAUUCAAAAAGUGAAGAGAUACAUUCACUUCAAACAGCCUGAACCUCAUUCCCCAACUCUGCCAUCAUCACCUUCCUUAACCGAAAAAGAUGCUAUGAUGGAAGCUAAAAGUUGUAGUUCAUCCUCAGAAGAUGAUGCUCAACUGACAACUAAGGAUGACAAUUUCUUCAGGACAAUGGGUGUAUCUUCUGAUGAAGUUUCAAAAGUAAAAAGAUACAUUUCAUUUAAACAGUUUGACUCUUCUUCCCCAACUCUGUCAAUAUCCAGACCUUCAACUAAUAUUAAGAGCACAACUGAGGCAACAGUACAAUCUAUGCAGCUCAGCACCUCACCAAAAGAUUCAAGUCAAAACAUGAAGAAAUAUAUGUAUUUUAAGCAGCAUGAACACCAUUCUUCAUCUCUGCCAUCAUCACCUACCUCAAGCAGGAAAGGUUUAUCAGGGAAAAAAACUAAAUACAAAAAACGAUAUGAUCAAUCAUACUACGGGAGUCAUGAGAGCCUUCCACUAUACCAUGUCCAUCCUGUUUAUAGAUCAAGUAUAAACAGACUGAAUAGGGGCUAUGAUACUGAUAGAUCAAUUUCCAGUGAAGAUGAAGAUAAAUUUAUGGAGUACCCAAGAAAAUUAGAGAUUACAAUACCACCUGAGAUAAACAGAGGAUCCAUCACACCAGAUAAAAAUACAGACAAAGGCCUCAACAUUGACUUUGAUAACUCCUCUAGCAGCACAGAUGUAUUUGAGAAGAAACAUUCUAAAGGUCUAAUGAGACUAAGAGCAUUAAGUGCACGACUGUUCAACAGACAAGAAAAUGAAAAGGAUGAAAGGAGGUCACCAACUGGUUGGGAUGUUGGAAGAACUAGUGGUGUCUCUAUUAACAAGCAGACAAAGUUAACUAAGGAACAAACCACUAAUGAAGACAGUCUAUUCGGAAGGAGUUUAUCCCUUGAUCACUUACCAAAAGUGAAGCGAUACCUUCAGUUCUCGCACUCUGAUUCCUAUCUUCAAGUCCAAUUACCAUCUUCACCACCAACCACUGGGGUAGUCACACCUGACUUUAUAGCGACAACUGAGUCCAGGAGAUCCAGUUUCUCAUCUGAAGAUGAUGUCAAACAAACCAUUGGAGAUAAAAACAUUGUUGGACAAGUGGAUGAAUCUUAUGAAGGACUUCCAAAAGUAAAAAGAUACAUACAAUUCUCACACACUGAACCUUACUCGAAAACACUGCCCUUGAACAAACAAACUAUCUCAACUGAACAAGUGGCAAAACCUGAAUCAAGGAGGCAAAGUACGUCUUCUGAAGAUGAUAUCAAACCUACAUCUAAUGAAGACAAUUUCUUGAGAAAGAUAGGCGUUUCUCUCGAUACAGUGCCACAUGUUAAGAGAUACAUUCAAUUCAGUCAGCCUAAACCUUACUCUUCAACUCUAACAUCCUUACCGGUUUCAACCAAGAAUCCUGUGGUGGCAGCAGAGACAAGUUCAAGCACAUCUGACAAAUCUAAUGCUACAGAAACAUUUUUUGGGGGGCAAUUAGGUUUUAAUGCAGUACCAAAAGUUAAGCGGUAUGUUCAAUUUACACAGUCCAAACCACGUUCUCCAACUCCGUCAUCAGUUUCAUCCUCCUCUACAAAAGUUACACCUAAGAUAGAAUUGAAAACUGAAGCUAAAAUUGACAGAUCCUCUGGAGACCUGAGUUACUUAAUGCAAAUAGAGGAAUCUCCUGAAAAUAUUAAAAAAGUGAAAAGAUACAUUCAAUUCAAGCAGUCUGAACCUCAUUCCCCAACUCUGCCAUCACAUUCUUUAACCAAGAAAGAUGCUAUAAUGGAAACAGGGAGAUAUAGCUCAUCCUCAAAAGAUGAUGUUCAACCGACAACCAACGAAGACAAUUUAUUCAGGAAAAUAGGUGCAUCUUUUGAUGGAGUUUCAAAAGUAAAAGGAUACAUCACAUUUAAACAGUUUGAUCCUUGUUCAGAUACCACUUCAGAUACACUGCAUGUCACACCUGAGGUGAAAACCAAAUCAGAAGCAAGCACUUUUUCGGAGGAUGAUGUCAAACUAACUGCUGAGGAAGAAAAUGUCUUUGGACAAACAGGAGCAUCUCUUGAUAGAGUGCCAAGAGUUAAGAGAUACAUUCAAUUCACACAUCCUGAAAGUCAAUCUCCUGUGCAGACAACAACUGGUCUUUUAUCUGAAAGAGUCAACGUAUCUGUGGUAGCUAAAGAAACAAGGAGAUGGAGCACUCCAUCUGAGGAAGAUGUUAAACCAUCUACUAAAGAAGAUAAUAUCAUUGGGGAUUUCGGCAAGGUAUUCACCUGUUUCCCCAAAGUAAAGAGGUACAUUAAGUUCACACAGUCCGAACCUUAUUCCUCAGAUCUGUCACCAUUUCCUCCAAACACAGUAAAAUCCACAACGGUGACAGAAACAGAAUAUAGAGAAAGCACUUCAUCUGAGGAUGAUUUUCAGGAAGACAAUGGCUUGGGGCAAAUAGGAGCAUCUCUUGACAGAGUUCCAAGAGUUAAGAGAUACAUUGAAUUCACACAUCCUGAAAGUCAAUUCCCUGCUCAAACAACUGCUCUCUCAGCUGAAAGAGCAAACAUGUCAGCGGUAGCUAAAAAAACAAGGAGAAGCAGCACUUCAUCUGAAGAUGAUGUUAAACCAUCUACUAACAAAGAUUAUAUUAUUGAAGAAACAAGUGAAUACCUUGCUGAAAUCCCGAAAAUAAAGAGGUACAUUAAGUUCACACAAGCUGGACAGAAUUCCUUAGAUCUGUCAUCAUUUCCUCCUUCAAGCACAGUAAAAUCCAUUAAGGUGACAGAAACUGAAUUGAGACAACCAGCCACCAGAGAGAGCACUUCAUCUGAGGAUGAUGCUCAGGAAGACAAUGUUUUUGCACAAAUAGGAGUAUCUCUUGAUCGAGUACCAAAAGUUAAGAGAUGCAUUCAAUUCACACAUCCAGAAAGUCAAUCCCUUGCUCGGUCAACAUCUGCUGUCUCAGCUGAAAGAGUUGGAAUAUCAGGGGUAGAUCAAGAUACUAGGAGAUCAAUCACUUCAUCUGAGGAAGAUGUCACACUAACCGCUAAGGAAGACAAUGUCUUUGGACAUAUUGGAGCAUCUCUUGGCAAAAUACCAAAGGUUAAGCGAUAUAUUCGAUUCACAAAGCAUGAAAGUAAACCCCUUGUUCAGACAACAACCGCUCUCUUAUCUGAAAGAAUAUCUGGGGGUUUUCAAGAAACAAGAAGAUCAAGCACUUCAUCUGAAGUUGAUGAUAAGUCAUCCCAUGAUAAUAAUGUCAUUGUAGAAAGAGGUGCAUCUUUUGACAAAAUCCCAAAAGUAAAGAGAUACAUUAAGUUCACACAAUUUGAACCUUCUCAGGGUCUUGCACCAUUUCCUCUUCCAAGCACUAUAAAGUCCAUGAAGGUGACAGAAACAGAAUCAAGAGGAUCUAGUACCUUAGUUGAAGAUAAUGCACAACCAUCUCCUAAGGAGAACGUAAAGGAAGACAAUGUCUUUGGGCAAACAGAAGCACGUCUUGACAGAGUACCAAGAGUUAAGAGAUAUAUUAAAUUUAUAAAUCAAUCCCCUGAGCAGUCAACAACUGCUUUAUCAGCUGAAAGAGAUGGAAUAUCUGAGGUCAUUUCAGAAACAAGGAGAUUAAGCAUUUCAUCUGUGGAUGAUGACACACUAACUGCUGAGGAAGACCAUUUUGGUGGACAUAUAGGAGCACCUUUUGAUAAAAUUCCAAAAGUUAAGCAAUACAUUCGUUUCACAGAUCCUGAAAUUCAAUCUCCUGCUCAGGCAACAACUGCUCUCUCAGCUGAAAGAGUCGAUGUAUCUGUGGUUACCAAAGAAACAAGGAGACCAAGCACUUCAUCUGAAGAUGAUGUUAAACCAUCUACUAAUGAUGACAAUAUCAUUGGUGAAAAAAGUGAACAUCUUAACAAUAUCCCAAAAGUAAAUAGUUUCAAGGACAACAUUAUGACAAGAGAGUCUAUGGACAGUUCAGUGGAACAGACUGGCCUAAAGUCAGUAUUUAGGAAGUCAAGUUCAAGCUCCUUGUCCAGAGACAUACAAUCUGUAGGACAUCAGGUUAUGGAUGUACAACCACCACAAGAUGAAUUACCAGCAGUUCCACAGACAUCCCCACCUUCAUUGGAACAGGAGGAUGCAAGAGAAUAUCUCAGAGAAAAUUCCGAAGUCCUUCAAAGGCAAGAACGCAGACGAUUACUGCAGCAAAGAAGAACGGAAAUGGACAAGUUCAACAUUGCAUCCCUUUCCUCCAUGCAACAAGAGGGUAACCAGCAGGACAAAUCCCCUAAAGAUUAUGGAGGAGCGACACAGUUACAAACAGAACGAACUUACAGCACUAUCUCUACAAGAAACACAGCCGCUUCCAGCCACACAGAAGGAGCUGAAGCCCCAGUUUUACGGGGCCUUAAAACUAAGAAUAUCUCAACUCCAAAGUAUAAGGAAUUUUUAAUUUAG